AUGUUAUAAAUAAGUAAUCAAAAUGAUAAAGAAUAUUUUACAUACCUUAAGAUCAUUAAGGAAACUUUAACUUAUAUUCUUCCAAAUUAUACACAAUAUUUGGAAUCCUUUUAGUAUAUAAAGAUAACAGCGGGAGAUGUACAUAUGAUAAUUUUAUAAUUGACUAAUUGGUUGAUCUUCUAUUAUUGUGAUAUAAAUGGAGAGUCGAAUUAAUUUAGUUUAAAUAUAAACAAUAUUUUGAAACCUUAAAUUUAAAAUUAUUUCAUUCAUAAGCAUAGUCUUUAAGAAAUGAAAAUUUAUUACAAAGAAAAAUAAUUAGAAAAAUUAGAGAAUUUAAUAAGAAACAGAAUAUUGUAAAAGUAAUAAGAAAAUACUUUGGUUAAGAUAGUAUAGAAUCGUGAUAUUUCAAAUUAGAUAUAUAGUUAUUUAAAAAGAAAAGAUAUAGUAAAUUUGGAAUUGAGUUGUUUCAAUGUAAGUGAGAUAUUAUAAAAUAACGCAUAUUGGUAUGAAUUGUAUAAAUGGAAAUAUGGUUAAACAGGGUUUAAAUAAGAUGCAUUUAAUUGGAAAAAUAAGUAUGUGUUAUAAAUGAAGUAAUGA